CAACUCGUAGAAUGCCCUCUACAUAUUUUUCAUGUCACCAGGUCGAUCCCGAGUGUCGCCUCCCACACCCAUAGGAAAAAAAACUGCGUACGAGGCUUUAAAAACCCAGAAUUCGGGAGCUACGCAUCUAGUUUCAUUCAAAUAAUUCCGCAGCAAAGUGCCUAGACGUUGCAGUUGCCGUGGAGGAAGCGCUCUAAGACCUCAAACCCAUACAGGAUUAGCAGUGGUCCUUUUGCAGUCCAUCCCUUCAUCGCCAGCAUCCCAUUAUGGCUAGCCAUUUGCCCAAGGGAGUAGCCCUCAUCCUGGUGCUGAAUCUCCUCCUGCUUUCGCAAUGGGAGACGGAAUCCAAGUUACUGACUCGAUGCCAAUUGGCAAAGGAGCUGCUGCGCCAUGAUUUUCCCCGGAGUUACCUUUCCAACUGGGUGUGUCUGGUGGAGUCGGAAAGCGGACGCAGUACCUCCAAAUCCAUGCAGUUGCCCAACCAGAGCGUCAGCUAUGGGCUUUUUCAGAUAAACAGCAAAAACUGGUGUCGCAAAGGUCGUCGCGGUGGCAUCUGCAACAUCAAAUGCGAAGAGUUCCUGAACGACGAGAUCUCGGAUGACUCGCGCUGCGCCAUGCAGAUCUUCAACCGUCAUGGAUUCCAGGCCUGGCCCGGGUGGAUGAGCAAAUGUCGUGGGCGUACGCUGCCCGACGUAUCGCGCUGCUAGGACUUCUCCCGACUGGCUCUUAGCCUUAAUUAACUCUAUGCAUAGAAACUAAAUCCAAUAAAAUUUAAGUUAUUAUACCCCA